UUUUAUGGUAAGGACACUCGCAGGAACUUCACUUCACAUCUUUACUCUGCUUUAGAUCAAGCUGGAAUCCGAACCUUCAGAGAUGAUCCUGCACUUUAAAAGGGCCAAGAAAUUUCAUCCAGUCUACUUGAUGCAAUCAGAAACUCAAAAAUGUUCAUCGUUGUUCUGUCAGAGAACUAUGCUCGUUCCCCCUGGUGCCUUGAUGAGCUUGCAGAAAUCAUUAGGUUUGAUAGGACAAAAAAUCAAGUUGUUCCUAUAUUUUGCUAUGUUGAUCCAUCAGAUGUUCGACACCAUAAGGGGAGUUUUGGGAAAGCUCUUGAUGGCCUUAAAAAGCGUCAUUCCGCUCAUGUGAUUGUGAAGUGGAAAUCAGCUCUAUCUGAAAUCGCUGAGCUAUCAGGACACCAUCUCAGGAAAGAAGCAAAUGAGAAUGAAUCAGACAUCAUUCGGAAAAUUGUGGAGAAUGUGACAACAAGGGCGUUUUCAACAACAUUUCAUCAUGAAAAAUUAUUCGGGAUAGAUUCUGCAGUUGCAGAAAUAUAUCAAAAAUUGAGCAUGGAUUCUAAUGAUGUACGUACCAUUGGUAUAUGUGGGAUGGGCGGAAUUGGGAAAACCAUGAUCGCUAAAACUUUCUACAACCAAAAUGUCAAUAAAUUUGAUAUUAGCUGCUUUCAUGAAAAUUUUGAGCAGUCCUCACAAGGAGUUACUUCUCUACUUCCUCCACUUGAGCAACUCUUGAUUGAUCUUCUCAGAAAGAAAAAUUAUAAGGUUAUUGAUGUUGAAGGUAAGAUGAGAAAACUGAAACAAAUUCUUCAUUCAAAAAAAGCUCUAAUCAUUCUUGAUGAUUUGGACCAAACACACUAUCCAAAAUUGCCCGCAAAUCUCAGCAACUUCUUUUCCGCUGGAAGUAAAAUUAUAAUCACGACAAGAGAUGUAAACCUUCUAAAUAAAUUAAAAGUGGUUAUAUCAGAGAUAGAUGUAUACAUGGUGCAGACAUUAGGAAAAGAUGAUUCAUUAAAGCUCUUUAGCUAUCAUGCCUUCAGAAAACCAGUGCCGCCUGAAAGUUUCAAGGAGCUCUGCCGAAGCUUUGUAACUCAUGCUGGUGGUCUUCCAUUAGCUCUUAAGGUGUUGGGUUCAUCUUUGCUCGGUAGGACUCAUGAGUCUUUCUGGAAAGAGAAGCUUGCAAAAGUUAGAGCAAUUCCAGAGAAUGAUAUACAGAAAAUACUUCAACUGAGCUACGAUGAAUUAGACGAUGAGACGCAGAAGGCAAUUUUUCUCGAUAUUGCUUUCUUCUUCGUCGGAAAGGACAAAGAUGAGGCUACUGAUGUUUUCAAAUCUUGUGAUUUCUUUCCCGGGGUUGGCAUCCAAAAUCUCCUGGACAGAUGUCUAUUGUCAAUUGACAGACAUAAUAACUUUGAGAUGCAUAAUUUAAUCCAAGACAUGGGAAGGGAACUUGGAAAGAGUACACGCUUGUUCUUGAGAGGAAAUGCGUGGAAGGAAUUGCAACAUCUAGAGGAAAAAUUUAAUGUUGAAGGCCUUGUAUUAGACUUAACAACUUCUGCAGACAGAGAACUAAGUACAGUUAUAUUCGAAAGGAUGUCCAACUUGAGACUACUUCAAAUAAUUGAUUCAAAUGACAGGGUAGGAAGUGACAUUGCAGGAAGUUUUGAAAAUUUACUUCCCAAAUUAAGGUGCAUUAGGUGGCAUUAUUGUCCGUGGACGCAGUUGCCUUCUACUUUUCGUCCGCAAAAUCUCAUUUCAGUUGAAAUGCCAUCCAGCAAAUUCAAGAGAUUAUGGAGAGGACCCAUGCCUAUCAAACAAUUAAAUUAUCUGAGUUGUUUGUAUCUGAGCGGAUGCCAUGAACUAAAACGACUACCAGAGCACUUGGGUGAUUUGAAGGCGUUAAAGAAGAUUGAUGCAAGUUUUACAGCAAUUGAGAAACUGCCAGAUUCAAUUACUCACCUCAAGGAAUUAGUUGAGUUGAAGUUGAGCUCUUGCAAGAAGCUUACGCGGUUACCUGAACAAUUGGGAGAGAUAAAAGCCUUAAAAAAGCUUGAUGCAGGUGGUACUGCAAUUAAACAGUUACCAGAUUCAUUAGUCAGCCUGAUUAACAUGGAGGAUCUAUAUUUGUAUUGGUGCAAAAACCUUAGAAAUCUUCCAAAAGACAUAUGGAAGCUCAAGUUACUCAAAAAACUAAAUCUGAGCAUGUGUUCAGACCUGCAGCAAUUGCCUGAGCAAUUGGGGAAGAUGCAAUGUUUAGAAAGUCUGGAUGCAAAUAACUCAGGAAUUGAACAAGUACCAGACUCUACAGGACAGCUGAGUAGGUUAAAAGAGUUGCAUCUAUAUGAUUGCAAGAAGCUUAGAUAUGUGCCCACAAGUAUCUGGAAUCUUACCUCAAUUGAAGAUUUGGCUAUUCACCCGGGGGAUACAGGGAGAAUCAAUUUACCUAAUUCAGUAAAAAAUAUGAAGAAGUUGAAAGCCCUGGACCUGAGUUGUAAUGUAAGAUUGUACCUGCCUAUUAUUCUGUGUUUCUCUUCUUUGGAAAGGUUAGGGCUUAUUGAUGAGGGACCAAUUCUCUCUUCGCCAAAACCAUUCAGCCUUUCUGAGCUUUUCAACCUACAAUAUCUUACAUUGGAUAAGUGUACAAGUUUUGGGUCCUCCCUUCCGGAACUUCCUGUGAAUCUGGAAGAGUUGAGGGUAUAUAAUCACAAUUCACUAGAACAACUACCUGAUUUAUCGAGCUUAAGAAAGUUGAAGCAGUUGUAUAUAGAUGGAUGCAUCAGCCUUCAAUCAAUUUCGUUUCUUCCUUCUCAUCUUCAAUUACUUUACGUUGAAGAAUGCACAAGCCUACAAGAUCUACCAGACAUGUCAGUGUUGAAGGAAUUGGAAGAAUUGUGUUUUACCCAGUGCAACAAUCUAAAAUCAAUAAGUUUAAAACCGAGUUUCCUUCAGGUUGGAGAACACCGCCGUCCAUUUGAAGCUCAUCUACCAAACACAGAGGUUGCAGAAUGGUUCGACUACAAAAGCAGUGGGUGUAUGGUCUCUUUUGAUAUCCCAGAAAGCUUUGGAUCUAACUUCUUAGGUCUUGCACUCUGGGUUGUGUAUACAUGCAAAGCCAAUAAAGAGAAGUGGACAUCCAUCAAAGCUGUUAUCACGAAUGACACGGAAGGUAUAACAGAGAACUAUCCCAUCUGUGUAAAUAUUGUAGUCGGUGAAGCACGGUCCAAGGUACACUGCAUUACAGGAGAGAAGAUCUCAAUGAAAAGUGGAGACAAAAUUAAGGUUUCUUUUAGCGUUCCUAUUGGAGAAGUGAAGGUCAAAAUGUGUGGAGUUCAUGUUAUAUAGAAUAGACCUUUAAGAACACACAAAAAAAAAAACAUUGCCUAAGAAUUACUCUGUUUUGUACAUAAACUUCAAUUAUAUGAUCGACGCGGGGAAAUGUCCUCUUUGGAAUCACUUGAUUAUACUAUAUUAUGUUAUUCUUAUUUUUAUACAAAAUGUAAUGUACUGUACUCUUCCUCUUGCCUAUUA